UUGAGUCUGAGACAGUAGCGCCAGAAGGUUCAUUGUAAGAUAACACACACACAAACAAGUCCUUCAAGGACAGGAGUGGUAUUUUGUCUGAAGAACGAAAGCAACACGAGUGCACUUUCAUUUGGGUUUCCUACGUUUGGCCAACUUCCUGCGGAUAAGAAAGCAGAAUUGGAUAUGUAACUUCUUCCUUCUUCUGAAAUAAUGUGUUUUCCCCCAUCACUGCCUGAUAUGCUUAUCCUCUCGUGCUCCACAGUGUCACACAGCUGAGAGAGCCACGAGAAGAAGCCCUGAAGAUGAACACUUCGCUGACUAAUGCCUCCACUUGUGUUUGGGAUACAAGCCUGACAGAGGCGGUGAUGCCCUGGCUCUACAGCAUCAUCUUUAUAGUCUCCCUGGUACUGAAUUCCAUAGCUGCAUGGAUUUUCUUCAACAUUCCCAGCACGUCAACGUUUGUGGUGUUUUUAAAGCAUGUGGUAGUGGCUGACUUGUUGAUGACGUUCACCAUGCCGGUGAAGAUUCUAAGUGAUUUCGGCGUGGGUUCGGGUCAACUGAGGGCCAUCCACUGCCGUUACACUGCCGUCAUCUUCUACAUGACCAUGUACAUCAGCAUCACCUUGCUGGGUCUCAUCAGCCUGGACCGCUACCUGAAGAUAGUCCGGCCCUUUGGGAAGGGCAUCCUGCAACGGGUGCGGGUCGGUCAAGUGAUCAGCGUCGUCGUCUGGAUCGUUAUGUGGAUUUCGACCUUCCCCAAUAUGAUUCUUAGCAACAAGCCACCACGCUACUCUAAAGGCCGAGUCAAGUGCGCCUCCAUGAAGAGCGACCUGGGCCUGAAAUGGCAUGAAGGACUGGGCUACUUCUGUCAGAUGGUCUUCUGGGGAACGCUGGCCUUGAUGGUGUUCUGCUACACGUUCAUCAGCAAGACGGUCUACGACUCCUACAAAGCCUCAAAAAGCAGCUCUGUGGUAGCCAGUCGCAGAACCAACGGCAAAGUCUUCGUGGUGGUGGCCGUGUUCUUCUUCAGCUACGCCCCCUACCACUUUGUACGCGUCCCCUACACCCUGUCCCAGACCCGCACCCUGAGUCAGCCUCCCUGCUGGGAACAGAAGGCGCUGUACUACACCAAACAGAUCACACUGUGGAUGUCGGCCUGUAACGUGUGUCUGGACCCGCUCAUUUACGUCUUCCUGUGUAAAAUGUUCAGGAAAAAACUCACAGAUACGAUCAGCCGCAAGCCUCCCCAGAAGGCGGAAUCCGCCGCUGCCACUGCCACGACCACGACCACGCAGCUGUAGGUGCACACCAACUGACGGGCAAACGGUGACACGCUAAUAUGACGCAUCGGGACUCAAAAUCAAAAUCACUUCAUCAACUUUCAUGCUCGGAAGGUGAUUGAAAAAAUGCACUUCUGAUACAACUGCCGCUUUUGACAGCAUCUAUGUAUAUACUUCACAUUCACCCCUCACGUUUCAGCAACCAAGGUUGUUAAAGUAUUACAGUAUACUAGUCAGUGUACAGCUUCUAUAGACUUACUAUCCACUGAAAAUGACUGUUAUUGUCAAAACCGGGGGUGUCCAUUUCCAUUGAGGGCCACAUAGUGGAAAAUAAAAGGAUGCAACUUUGCCACUUUGAUAUUUUGUAAAGCAACACAUGUACAGUAGAUGUACAUGUACUUUAGAUAUGCUAAGAAAUGACAGAAUGUAUACUUCAAGAAGGUGAAAAAGCCAAUUAUAGUAUCAGCUUUGUUCUUUUUUCCAUUUCAUAUAAUAUUUUUUCUCCAUCAUUUAAAAUCUAAGCGACUAAAAUGACAUUAUUUAUCCUCAUAAUAUUAUGAGGUUUGCUGUUUUUUUUUUUGAAAGUUUGUAACUUUGUUCUUGAUUUUUUUUCUAAUUAUUAUGAAUUUAUUCCUACAAUAUUUUGACUUAUAUUUUGACAAUAUUUUGAUAAGUGAAAUACAUGCACUGUUCCUUGCUUUAUUAUAAUAAAUAAAUUAAAUGUAUUUCUUAAUACUGUUGAAUUUGGUAUACCGAUGUUAUUCUGGAGUUGUUAUUGUUGACCUCAAAUCUUAAAUUUCCUUUUUGUCGAGGUGUUUUAAUCUUAAUAUUUGUCUUUGGCAACAAGUGCCUAAUUUUGCCUAAUUUUGCCUAGAUUUUGCAGUUUUAU